CACCCAGUCCCAUUGUCGGCAACAACAACGUCGGCAACGUCCAUCUUAACCCCUCUCACGACUUCCGGACCGCUUAAGCAGCUGCCUGGGACCUGCGUGAUCCAGCAUGGUCCGCAUCAUCAUCAAGGGCGGUGUGUGGCGCAACACCGAGGAUGAGAUUCUCAAAGCGGCCAUCGCAAAAUACGGCAAAAACCAGUGGGCGCGUAUCUCAUCGCUUCUGGUGCGCAAGUCGCCGAAGCAGUGCAAGGCGCGCUGGUACGAAUGGCUUGAUCCAUCCAUCAAGAAGGUCGAAUGGUCAAAGACUGAAGAUGAGAAGCUACUACAUCUCGCCAAGCUGAUGCCGACACAAUGGCGCACGAUUGCGCCGUUGGUCGGGCGAACAGCGACGCAGUGUCUCGAGCGGUACCAGAAACUACUAGACGACGCAGAGAAGGCAGAGAACGAGGAGCUCGGGAUGGGUGACGGCGACAACGAGGCGUCCAAGCCUGCGUUCGGUUUGCGCACCGGCGAGAUCGACACGCAGCCCGAGUCUCGUCCCGCACGCCCUGACCCGGUCGACAUGGACGAUGACGAGAAGGAGAUGCUGUCCGAGGCGCGCGCGCGUCUCGCCAACACGCAGGGCAAGAAGGCAAAGCGCAAGGCGCGUGAGCGGCAGCUGGAGGAGGCGCGUCGCGUCGCGUUCCUGCAGAAGAAGCGUGAGCUCAAGGCUGCGGGCAUCAAUUUGCGCGAGACCAAGAAGAAGAAGGGGAUGGACUAUAAUGCCGACAUCCCCUUCGAGAAGCAGCCUGCGCCAGGAUUCUACGACACGGCCGAGGAGCGCGCCAAGAAGUAUGAGCCAGUGGUGGGCUCGUCGCUGCGCGCCCUCGAAGGCAAGCGCAAGCAGGAACUAGACGAGGAGGCGGGCAAGAACAAGCGGCAAAAGAGCGAGAAGCAGUCGGCCACUGAGUUUGUCAAGGCGCGCGAGGCGCAGAUCAAGAAGCUCAAAGAGCAGGAGCAGACUAUUCGCCGCCGCAAACUCAACCUCCCCACGCCCCAGGUUGGCGAGCGCGAGCUCGAGGAGAUUGUCAAGAUCGGGCAGGCAGGCGAGGCCGCUCGUGGGCUUGUAGCGGGUGAGGGCGGUGCGACCGACCAGCUCGUCGGAGAGUACGAGAACCUCAGCCAAGCGCGGAUGGCGCGCACGCCACGCGUCGACGCCGAGCACGACAACAUCAUGCAGGAGGCGCGCAACUUGCGUCGGCUGACGAACGUGCAGACCCCUCUGCUUGGUGAUGAAAACACGCCUCUCCUCUCGCGCGACCUCGGGACCGGCAAUGAGUCCGCGACGCCGCGCCACUCGGCCCCCGUGACGGUGAACCCGCUAGCUACUCCUCGCACCGUUGGCGGAGUGAUGAGCACCCCUCGAGGACCAGGCGCUACGCCGUUCCGCGACAACCUGACAAUCAACAACCGCGGGGAGUGGGGCGAGACUCCGGCUGACGAGCGGCGGCGUCUCAAGGACGCCAAACGCGCUCUGCAGGCUGGUUUCGCGUCGCUCCCGCGUCCCGAAAACAACUUUGAACUUGAGGACCCCGAGGACGAGGAGGAAGAUGUCGAGGAUGUGCCCAUGACUGAGGAGGACGCUGCCGACCGCGACGCGCGCCUCAAGGCUGCGCGCGAGGAGGAGGAGCGCCUCGAACUUGAGCGGCGCUCCCAAGUAGUCAAGAAGGGUCUUCCCCGCCCCGCCAACGUGGAUGCCCGCGCGGUGCUGCGGCAGCUGAACGCCGCGACGGCCGACGCCGAGGCGAGCCUUGCGGCGGCUCUGCGCCUCAUUAACGAGGAGAUGGCCGCGCUCAUGGCGCACGACGCGAUUGCCCACCCGCUUCCCGGGACGCGCACCCCUGGCAACGUUGCGAGCAACUACGACAUGCCUGAGGACGAGUUCGUGGCUGCGGCCAAAGCGGCAAUCCAUGCCGAAGUGGCUGGCGCCCUCGGCCUCCCGGGCGCAAGCGAGACACAGACUGCCGUGGUGAUCGGCUCCGCGGCGAAGGAGGAUGACGAGGCCUUCGACGGCUCGUGGUCUGCCGCGAGCAAGGGUAUGGUCUAUCUGCCUGGCAGCGGGUGGGUGGAGCGCUCGUCCCUUACGCCGGCCGAGUACGCGCAGGUCAUCGCAGCGAGCCGCGAGCGCAUGGUGGCGGAGGCGACGCGGGCCGCCAAGGCGGAGAAGAAGCUCGGCAAACAGUUUGGCGGAUAUGUCGCGCUGAACGCCAAGCACCGCGCCGCGAUUGUGAGCGGCAUCGACGAGAUCCACGCCACCAAGCGCGACCACGACACGUUCACGAUGCUGCUCGGCAUGGAGAAGGCGGCUGCGCCGGGGCGCGUGGAGAAGCUGCGCGCCGAGGUCGACGCGCUCGAGCGCCGCGAGCGCGACUUGCAGGCGCGCUACGCGGAGCUGAAUGACCGGCGGCGCGCGGCGCUCGAGGCCGUCGAAAGCCUCGAGACGGACAAGCAGGUGCUCGAGGCCGAAGCGGGCCUGGCGGCCAUGGAGGCGAACGGCGCGUGAUAUCGCUGUAUCAUGUAGCAUGCAUAAGAGUAC